AUGAAUACGUCAUUUGCAAACGAUGCCCCUCAGAAACAGAUGACCCACGUGACAGCAGAUUGCACUACUCCAGGUUCUGUUGAUCAUUCUGACCAGCCUCAGUGCCACAUGAAUACGUCAUUUGCAAACGAUGCCCCUCAGAAACAGAUGACCCACGUGACAGCAGAUUGCACUACUCCAGGUUCUGUUGAUCAUUCUGACCAGCCUCAGUGCCACAUGAAUACGUCAUUUGCAAACGAUGCCCCUCAGAAACAGAUGACACUUAUACCACAGAUUUUUUGA